AAAUAAAAUUCAAAUAUCGCGCUACGAUAUAUUGAGAGGUCGCCGGUGAAUGUGGCGUCUCUCUGGUAUCCGGUUUUAUUUUAUAAUAAACUACAAGAUAUUACGUCUCCUCUGGUACACACGACACAAAAUUUUGUAGAUCGCGGUAUUGAAAAUUAGUGUCACGUGGUGACCACCCACGUUUCGUAUUGUGGAUAAACAAGGAGGAGAGAAAAUAAUAGUGCGUGUGUUCAUCCAGUUUACAUCCAGUUUACAGACAAGAGAGUACAUCAGGAAAAAUAAAGAAAGAGAGAGAAGGCGAAUUAGAAGAGAGAAGGAAAGAGAAAGAGAUGAGAAGCACGCGGGAUGUACACAUAUAUAGAGAAUAGAAAUAAUCAGUACGAGUACGGGUUGUGAGGUAAGAGAGAAGCAGUGUACAGGAACAGAAACAGAAACAAGAAACUUGUGUGUCUGUUUUGUGGGUUAACAUCCGCUAUUGUAUUGUGUAUUGAGAGAGUACCAUACCAGUAGUGUAUAGAGGAGACGACGGGGACAGGGUGGGCCGGCCAUAUUACGAAGAAAUAGACACACGAGUAGUACGUGCGUGCGUGGUGUAUAUUUGUUAAAAAACACGUUAAGAAUAUUAAAUAAAAUAAAAGGUAUUAAAUAAGUUAAAUUAAGUACACUAGGGUGUACUGAUAGCUUUUAGUGGCUUUGCCACGAUGUCGUCAACGUAUUCACGUACUCAGGAGAGUGACGCAUGGGCGCUUCUUGCUCUCAAAUCAGCACCGGCUAGUCCAACGAGGAUGCAAUGGAAUCCAGAAACAAAAGUUGCACCAAUUGCAAGAUUAGAGGGUCGUGAAUUUGAGUAUAUGGUUCGACAGAGAAGAAUUAUUAUAGGGCGGAAUAGCAGUCGUGGUGAGGUUGAUGUUAAUAUGGGCCAUUCAAGUUUUAUUUCACGUCGGCAUUUGGAAAUAUUUUAUGAUCAUCCAUACUUUUUCAUGACCUGCAAUGGUAAGAAUGGAGUUUUUGUUGACGGUGUUUUUCAACGUAAAGGAGCGCCUGCUUUUCAAUUACCCAAAACAUGUAUAUUUAGAUUUCCCAGUACAAACAUAAGACUUGUAUUCCAAUCUUUAGUGGAUGAUCAAGAUCAAGGAAAUGUUCGUGAUGAAUCACCGCCAAAACAAAGAGCACUAUUACCGCCAUUGCGGAUUAAUAUUCCCGAUACAGGAUACAGCAGUCCUUUUCCAUCUCCAACAGGUACUAUUAGUGCAGCAAAUUCGUGUCCAGCAAGUCCACGAGCUGGUCAGAGUCGACGAAAUAUUUCAGCAGAUUUGCAAAUGGUUGCUGCUUAUGCUGCGGCAGUAGCCGGUGAUCCUCAAAAUUCAAACAGUGAUCGUCAAGAUUCUGGUCAAAGUUCGAGUAGGCAAAUGAGUCCUGAAUCUGGAAGUGAUUCACGAUAUCGAAAUAGUAAUGCAUCUGCUUCUAAUGGUACUUCGGGACAUUACAGUUCUUCUAAAGAUGAAUCUAAACCACCAUAUUCAUAUGCUCAAUUGAUAGUUCAAGCAAUUGCAUCAGCUCAAGACAAACAGCUUACACUUUCUGGCAUUUAUUCUUAUAUUACCAAACAUUAUCCGUAUUAUAGAACUGCUGAUAAAGGUUGGCAAAAUUCAAUUAGACAUAAUUUAUCACUAAAUCGGUAUUUUAUCAAAGUACCUAGAAGCCAAGAAGAACCUGGAAAAGGAUCCUUUUGGAGGAUAGAUCCUCAAUCAGAGGCUAAGCUUAUUGAACAAGCUUUUAGAAAACGAAGACAACGUGGUGUUCCAUGUUUCCGUGCACCUUUUGGAUUAUCUUCGAGAAGUGCGCCAGCUUCACCAUCUCAUGUGGGACUUUGUGGUAUAAUGACACCGGAGUGCUUAAGUAGGGAAGGUUCACCAGGACCAGAGUCUUAUCCUGAUAGCUCAGUUUCGUCACCAGCUGGUCAAUUGUCAAGUCAAUCGGCUCCUGGCUCACCUGGACAUCCGUAUGUUCCACCGCCAGCGACUUCUAAUAAAAAUCGUCUCGUGCAACAAAUUACAGUUGUUACUAAUGGUGAUGUUUCUAGAGAAGAUAAAUACGUGAUGUCUGGUAAUAUAAUGGAAGAACAAAUGUUAUCACCUGUUGGUCAAUAUAGUCCAGCUCCUGUUAUUGUUCAAACCUAUAAUUACAGUGGUACAUUUGUUGGUCCUGACACAAGCGUUGGAAUAAGUAAACGGACUCAUGAAGAACCAGACAGUUCGCCUGGAUCUCCUGCUCCACUUUCGAUUGUUGAAAGUCCUGAGCCUUCAGAUCAUCAACAACAAAAACGACAGCGCGUCAAUGACGUGGACGAACACUGAAUCAAUAUACAUAUUUAGUAUCAUAUUCUAAUAAUGUAGAACAUUGUUGACAUUAAUUUCUCGUGUCAGAUAAAUCCUCCGCUCGUUUGUAAUUAUAAUGAAUAAUUACCUCUCCUAUGAUUGCAAAUUACUACAUAUUUCAAGUUUUUUUUUUUUUUUAGGUCUUGUUAUACUUAUGACAUGAUUGUCUAUGAAUGGCCGUGAUAUUGUAAAAUUAGAUGUUAUUAUAAUAGUCUUAAAAAAAUAUUUUUUGUAGUUUAUUUGUAGAAAAUUUUUUCUUUUUCUAUCUGUUAGAUCAAAUUUAUUAAGUUUUAAUAAAUGAAACAAAUAUGUUUUGUUUUAUGAGUGGAUGAUCUGUCUGACUGUAAUAGCCUGGAGCCUUAAUCGAUUCCUUAUUUAAUGCAAAAAAAAAUAAAAAGAAUUAAAAGCUUGUUAUUUCAAUUAAUCAUUACAAUUAUA